GGCGCCGGCACCGAGCCUCCACUGAAGUAACUGGACCGGCACCUGGAUGCAACUCUACUGUGUUCAUGAAACACACACAUCGUUUCCAACACAUAUUCUCAACAAAAUCUCGUCGCUGAUCAGAACUUCUUGACGAUGUCUGCGCCUCGAUCCUCGCUUCCCAGUUCCUCCAAAAAGCGCAAAGUUUCUACAAAUGCCGACCAAGAUGAAGACGGAACUCUCAAAGAGAUCAAGCAGCUCGAGUCGCAGCUGGCGGCAGCAAUCUUCAACAACGAGUCGCUCAACAAAAUUGCCAAUCUGGUGCAACUUGCUCUGAACGCCUCGGAUGCGAACCAUGUACUCAAGGCGGUCUAUGCGCUCUACCGGACAUUCGUGACACUCAUCACGAAGGGAAUGAUGAACAGCAAAGGUGCCGGAGAGACUGAGGAGACGAGAGCGGUCAGGGCGUGGCUGUCGGAACACAUGAAUCAGUAUGUCGAAUGUCUCGGUGAACUACUGCAAGAUGAGGAGUCCAUUCUGCGGACAUCCUCGCUUCAAAUCCUUCUCUCCAUACAGAAGCACCUCUCCACCGCGCUUACGACCUUUUCAACCAACCCGUCUACCUCGUCUGGAAAACCGCAGCCGCAAUUCCACAUCUCUCACUUCCGAAAGGUCGUGUCCGCUCUCCUCACAUGUCCCCCCUCCUCCCGUUUCACCCACACAUCAUCAAGCAAGAAGCAGAAGCUCAGCGGCUCGAGCGAGGGUCUACUCAGGGAGGACGUGCAUGAUACAUUCCUGAACACUUGGCUCGACGUGCACGACGAUAUCCGGUGGUUCUUCCUUCGCGAAGCUGGCACGCUUCUCUCCAAGUCUGAUGCACCCAACGUCCCCACCAACCUCCUCUCGCUCCUAGAGAAGCUAUCCACGUUCCCCACCGACCCCAAGGAACUCAACACAUGGUGGGUGGAGGAGCUCGGGGCAAAGCCUCCAUCACCCAAGAACAAGAAGGGCAAGGGCGCAGCCCCGCAAGCCGACAACUCGGACGACUCCGAAGUCGAAGCGCAUGAAGACAAGCCCGCGGAAGACGAUGACGACUGGCGCAAGUUCUUCGACGACGCGCCCGCCGAUUUGAAGGACCAGAAGCGCAAGUCCGCGCGCGUCCACACGCUGACAUUGCAUCAGUCGCUUCACUCCCUCGCGAGCCACCGCGCAGUGUACACAAGAUGCUGGCUUGCACUCCUGCCGAAGCUCUCGUCGGUUGAGAUCCGCGAGCGGGAUGGGAAGCGGAAGGAGGUGGGGAAUAGGGAGAGAGCAUCGAGGGGGUAUGCGCUGAAAGUACUCAAUGUACUGCAUCGGGGUGUGCUACCGCACCUGACGAGGCCAGUGUUGGUCAUGGAUUGGGUUGCGGGCUGCGUGGACUACGGUGGCACGGUUGGCCUGAUGGCCCUGAAUGCGCUAUUCACACUCAUGAAGGAGUACAAUUUGGACUACCCCGCGUUCUACACGCGCCUCUACACGUUCCUCGACCGGGACGUCCUGCAUCUCAAGCACCGCGCCCGCUUCUUCCGACUCACCGAGCUCUUCCUGAGUUCCACUCACCUCCCCGCCGCUCUCGUUGCUGCUUUUGCGAAGCGCCUUGCCCGGCUGUCCCUGAACGCCCCACCCGCGGCGGUGGUGAUGCUCAUUCCGUUCACGUACAACCUCCUCAAGCGGCACCCCGCGUGCAUGGUCAUGAUCCACCGAUCCGUCGAGUCUGUCGGGCCCUCCGACGACCCGUACAACGACAAGGAGCCAAAUCCGCAGCACGCACACGCGCUCGAGUCGUCGCUAUGGGAGCUCCAUUCGCACGUCAGCCAUUACCACCCCGUCGUGGCGACGCUCGCGAGCGUGCUUGAAGAGGCGUUUACACGGCCGCAGUAUGCGAUGGAGGACUUCUUGGAUCAUACAUAUGGCACUAUGUUCGAGACCGAGGCUAACAGACGCAUCAAAAAGGAGCCCGUUGUCGAGGACACGAACCUCGCUCCGACCAACGUCACCGACCAACUUUGGGCAUUCUGA